GGCAAUAUGUGGAACAAAGUUUCGGUGUUUCAGUUUUGCUUCGGUCACAACAAAACACAAAACGGUCGUGGGAGCUUUCGAACAUAGCACCUUUCACUUCACCGGAAAACAAAACAAAACAAGGGCUUCUUCAUCCGCUUAAUGGUUAUGGCAACUAUGGUGUCUGAACAUGCUUGUCCAACAAGAACGGUUCAUGAAGUUGCAUCUUCUUUAUGCUCUAAAUGGCACUCUUCUCUGGGAAAGAAGAAGCCGCAUGUUCAGCUGUUUCAAUGUUCUGUCAGAAUCAGAGCUUGUAGUAGUUCAAUGGCUAACAACAAGGACAUCUACAAUCAAGUGGGUUUAUUUUCUCUAAAAAGGAAAAUUGAAGAUGCAGUUCUUCGCGCUGAAACAUUCACAUCGACAGCCUUGGAAAUUGAAGAAGCAACAAGGAUUAAGCAGGAAGAAAUGGUGCGUGAUUUUGAUAUGUGGGAUGAUCCAGCUAAGUCCAAUGACGUCCUUGUCAAGUUGGCUAACAGUGCCAAAGUAGUUGAUUCCUUAAAGGACAUGAAAUACAAGGUAGAGGAAGCAAAGCUGAUCAAUCAGUUGGCUGAGAUGAAUGCUAUUGAUUAUGGGCUUUAUAAACAAGCAUAUGAAGCAUCAUUGGGUGUGAGUGAUAUUCUAGAUCAGUAUGAGAUUUCUAAGCUUCUUAAGGGUCCAUUUGAUAUGGCAGGAGCAUGUUUGGUUAUUAAAGCUUCACCUGAUGACAUCCAUCCAAAGCUCUGGGCAGAACAGCUUCUAAGUAUGUAUCUUGGAUGGGCCAAAAGACAAGGUUAUGAAGGAAGGAUUGUUGACAAGUGUCUGUCCAAGAAUGGAGGAAUUAAUUCUGCAACUAUAGAGUUUGAGUUUGAGUGUGCAUAUGGUUAUCUUUCAGGGGAAAAAGGAGCUCACCACUUGAUAAGAGGUUCUUCAAAUGAAUCUUCUCAGCUUGAGGCUAGCUCAGCAACUAUAGAUGUCAUUCCCAUGUUCUUUGAGAAUAAUGCUUGUGAUCUUGAAAUUGAUUCUGAGGAUUUGAUUAUCUCAUCUCCGUCUAUCCAAGGGGAAAACAAGAGACAAACAGAUCUUUCAGUUUGCAUUCAGCAUCUACCUACCGGCAUAAGUGUCCAAUCUUCUGGUGAGAGAAGUCUGUUUGCAAAUAAGAUGAAAGCACUAAACAGACUUAAAGCCAAACUUCUAGUGAUAGCAAGGGAACAAGAAGUUGGAAGCAUAAAAAGUAUAGAGAAGGACAACAUUUUGAAUCCAUGGGAAGAAGAAACUAGGAGGUACGUUUUUCAUCCGUACAAGUUAGUACAUGAUGUAAAGACAGGCAUUGAGAUGCCAGACCUGAACUAUGUUCUUGAGGGGAAUAUUGGCACCCUAAUUGCAGCUCAUAUUAGUAGCAGAACCGUGUCAUAAGGUCUGAAUCCAUAUUUCAUACAGCACCAUAUGAUCAUUUUGCAAUUGCAAUUGUAGUGAAAUUGUUCACUCUUUCAGUCCUUCAAUAUUUUCAGGAUUUACUUCAAUCCCUUGAUUUGAUGAGAAAAGAAUGCAUCAGUUUAUGCAUUUUGGUCUA